AUGCAGGUGAAAAUCUUGGAGUUAGCCCACGAAUCUCAUCCUGGCAUUGUUACGAUGAAGCGAAGACUGCGCCAGAAAGUUUGGUGGCCUGGGAUGGACAAAGCAGCUGAAAAGCUGGUGAAACGGUGCAAAUCAUGCACAAUAGUCUCAGCAUUGGACGCUCCGGAACCAAUCAAGUCCACUAAGAUGCCGGAGAAGCCGUGGGCGGAUUUAGCAGCGGAUUUCAUUGGACCACUACCUUCGCAACACAACCUACUUGUGAUCGUUGACUAUUUCAGUCGUUUUAUAGAAGUGGUUGUUAUGAAACAAACUACAGCCGCACUGACGGUAAAAGCGUUCCAUGAAACCUUCUGCCGAUUUGGGUUUCCGGUUACUUUGAAAACCGACAACGGGCCGCAGCCCAGCAAACACAAGAUCUUCAUCAGCGAAGAAUUACGGAGCUUCUGUGAACAGUUUGGUAUCCAGCAACGAAAAACAACCCCGUAUUGGCCUCAAGCCAACGGGGAGGUCGAGCGCGUAAACGGCAUGAUCGAAAAACAUCUCAAAAUUAGUCAUGUUGAGGAAACGGACUGGAAAUGGGACCUAAGGAUGUGCGUUUUAAUGUACAAUUCUACUCCUCAUAGUACUACUGGAAUUGCGCCGUCAAUCUUGAUGUUUGGUCGCCACAUGAAAGAUAAACUUCCCGCCUUCACUACGAAUCACAAUCAUGGGUGGGAAGAAGUGAGGGACAGAGAUAAAGUGCAGAAACUUAAGAGUAGUGAAUAUACAGACUGUCGACGGCGGGCAAAGAGUGAGUACGUGUUUCCUUUGCCCUCGUAUCACGAACCCAACACCAACCUCUACAUUAACAGGUGA